AUGCCGGGCUUCGUUCUGCAGCAGCUCAUUGCCUCCAUGACGGCCGUCAACGGCGACGAAACCAACGUGCUAAACAAGCGCUACAACGACCUCCUCGCGCUGGCACCGCUGAUCCAGGAGGUCCUGGACCCUAACUCGGACAUGACCCAGGAUAUCCGGGACGAGCUGCGGAGCCACAUCAACGAGCUGUUGAGAGAGCUCGACGCCGAUGCGGAUGGCGACGCUGCUGUCGUCGCGUCAACGGGGGGGCCCGCAACCCUUCGGACCUGGAGAAACGCGGGCUGGGCUGACCAGAUUGUCGACAUGGCGAACGACGCUGUCAUCAAGGAGGGCAAGUUGAAGGCGACAUUGGCCAGAGUAGCAAAACUAGUCAUCUUUCUUUGCGCAUUGGAGCUGUACAUUGACAAGGUCCACGACAUCCUCGUCCCGUUCCUGGCGCCACCGCCGCCCAAGCUCACGUACACAGCCAUCCCGAGAACGCCCACGCACGGCACAGUCACAGCCAUUGAGAUUGAGCGGACAUGA